AUGAACGAAUGUCUUGUGGGAAAAGGGCAAGCGUAUUGUUAUGCCGCUUGGUAUAACAAUACGUUAUUCAAUGAAGUGGCUAUAGAGUUUAAGGGUUGCAUUUACUCACACCACGACGACUGUGAAAAAACGGAAUGUGUGGAAACGAAUAGUUUUCGUUCCAAAAAGGUCAAUCUGAGUUGCUGCUGUAAUAUGGAUGGUUGCAACUCAGAUAUUCGAUGGAACCCGGACGCUAUUAAUACUGAACCAAGUGCUCAAAUAGUGAAAAAAGUGUUGGUUGAGACGGCCUGUUAUUUGAUGUUCUUCUGUGCUAUGUAUGUAGCAUACAAACUAUAUCAAUAUUGUUUUCCAAAUAGCAACAACUCAAGGCCGUCCAUCGAUCCACCAAUAGAAUUAAAUGAGAUUUCUUCGACUAGUAGCUUGGGGAAUGGACUUUCUCUAGGAUUAGUUGAGGUUAUUUCAAGGGGUCGUUAUGGUGUAAUAUGGAAAGCAAUUUAUAAUAAUGAUAUAGUAGCUGUUAAAAUAUACCCUCCUCAGGGUGAAAAGUCAUGGUUGAUAGAACAAGAGAUUUAUCAGUUACCAAGCAUGCAACAUGACAAUAUACUGUUCUUCAUUGGGGCUGAAGAUCGUUCUAAUGCAAUUGAAGCAGCCAAAAGUGAAUAUUGGCUGAUCACUGCUUAUCACGAAUGUGGAUCACUAUGUGACUAUUUAAAAUCUAAUACAUUAACUUGGAAUCAGCUUUGUCAUAUUACCCAUUCCAUGGCAAGAGGUUUGAUGCAUUUACAUGAAGAAUAUCGAUUAGAACCUGUAGGUCAAUGUAAGCCAAUCAUUAGACCAAGAAUUGUUCACAGAGAUCUGAAAAGCAAAAAUGUUCUACUAAAACAUGAUUUAACUGCAUGUAUUUCUGAUUUUGGUGUCGCUGUGGUUUUGCCGCAACAUGGCAACUUAUGUGGUGAUGUACAUACACGGGUUGGCUUAUCACGAUACAUGGCACCAGAAGUACUAGAUGGAUCCAUCGAUUAUUCAAGGAAUAAAACAUUUUUAAGUGUAGACAUGUAUGCAUGUGGAUUAAUAUUAUGGGAAUUGGCAACUAGAUGUACAGCACAACUAGGAGCUGUACCAGAAUAUAGGUUACCUUUUGAAGAAGAAAUUGGACAAGAUUCGUCAUUUCAAGAUAUAAUAGAAUGUAUAGUGAAUAAACGGUUAAGGCCAGCUUUUAAAGAUAACUGGAAGAAAUCACAUUCAGGCUUAAAAGAAUUAUGUCAAAUAAUUGAAGAAUGUUGGACACAUUGUCCCGAAGAUAGAUUAACGGCCAUGGAAUUCUUGUAUCGCUGCCCCGGAAAGCAAGAUAGUCUAAAUGAAGCCCAUUGGAAUGAUUGGUCCCUCAAUCUACCAAUAGAAAUAGAUGAGAUUCCAUCGACUAGUUGAGGAAAUUUCAAGGGGUCGCUAUAGUAUAAUAUGGAAAGC